AUGCCUCGAACCUGUUGUAUACCUUUUUGCACUUCUAGAUAUAAAAAUAAGGAAAAAAUAAGUUUUCUUCAAAUUCCUGCUGAUGUAAAUCAGCGAGCAUUAUGGCUAAAUGUCAUAAAAGAACAAGGUAAAUAUAUUUUUUUCCGGGUGGAAUUAUUAUAUCAUCUUUCAUCUGAAGAUUCUUCGUGGUAUCCCAACGACUUUACUGUAAUAUGCGAAAAACAUUUUAAAUCAGAUGAUUUCAAACAAGGACUUAAGAGAAAGAUUUUAAAGCAAGGUGCUGUUCCCUCAAUAUUUUCAGAUAAUUCUAACUCUCUGAGACCUCCAAAGAAAAGAGCAAGAUUAUCAGUUGUUGAACUUUCAGAUGGAUCAGAAAC